CCUGAAAACGUGACCGGAAGUGAUCUUCUGUAUUUACUCUUAUUUCACGCCGCUAGUUUCAAUUUUCCUUUUCCUGCUUCUAUGUUUAUAGUUGGUUUAAAUUACAAUAUACUGAAAGAGUAGUUUGUUACUGGCAAGGUGGGGGUGGACAGAGCACAGAUGCAGACGAAGGACCUGGACAGGUGUUGAAUGGCUGAUACUAAACUUUAAUCCGCAAGUGUAACAUUCAGAACAAGCACUUACGCUUUGCAGAGGAGAGAACAUGAAGAGGAAUAAAGAAAAGGUAAACGUCUCUGAAAAGGAUUUUGUGUUCGAGUUCAAGGCAGGACGGCAGCAGUGUGUCCUGAAAGUUCCACUGCAGUUUCCUGUCCAGGAGAAUCUAAAUGACCUCCAUGGAAGAUUCAUGCUGCUGCAUAAAAUUCCCUGCUUUGUAGAGAAUGACUUGAAAACUUGUCUUUCCAACUUCAUUGAGAGAGAAACCAAUCAAGAUUAUGACAGAGUUGCUGAGAAAGCCCUUCAGAGCUUGAUGAACAGUGAAGUAGACAUCAGUGAACUCACUAAUGCAUGGGCAAAGACCUACUCUGAGACCACUUUGGAACAUUCCCAUCCGGAAGAGCCAAGUUGGGAUGAGGACUUUGCAGACGUGUACCAUGAACUGAUCCACUCACCUGCCUCUGACACGCUGCUCAACCUGGAGCACAAUUACUUCGUUAGCAUUUCUGAACUCAUCAGUGAGAGGGACAUGGAGAUCAAGAAAUUACAGGAGAGGCAAGCAGCUGCAAUGGACACAGUGAUGCAGGAACUGGGGAAGACAUUCAGUGACCAGGAUGUAAACGCGGUGGCCUCUCAGCAUUUUGAUGCUCAGCAGGUAUUGGAGAGCAAGUGGGCCACUGAGCUAAAGCACGUGACAGGCAUUCAGAAACAAGAAUACCAGGAGUGGGUGAUCAAACUCCACCAGGAUCUGAAAAACCCCAACAACAGCACCAUUAAUGAGGAGAUUAAGGUACAGACCAACCAGCUCACAGAAUCCCCUGAAUCUGGCUCGUGUCUCUUCGAGGAGCAGAGACAACUGGAAGAGAGCUUCACAAUCCACUUAGGGGCUCAGCUGAAGACUAUGCAUAACCUGCGUCUGGUGCGGAGCGAUGUGUUGGAACUCUGCAAGCACCGUCAGCAUGGUAGCAGUGGAGUAAAGCUGCGCCGACUCCAAACUGCUCUCUCCCUGUACUCCUCCUCACUCUGCGGCCUUGUGCUGCUGGUGGAUAACAGGGUGAACUCCUACAGCGGCAUCAAAAGAGACUUUUCAACUGUGUCCAUGGAGUGUACAGACUUCCAUUUCCCACGUCUGGAGGAGCAGUUGGACAUCGUGCAGCAGGUGAUGUUGUACGCACGAGCACAACAGUCUAGCAAACUGAGAGAGCAGCCAGAACUGUCAAGAUCAAGCGGAGCCGAGGAUAAGAACAAGAAUGUUGACAAAAAAAAUGGAAAUAUCUUACCAGGUGAAUUCUACAUUACCCGACAUUCCAACCUGUCUGAGGUCCAUGUGGUCUUCCACCUGUGUGUGGAUGACAAUGUGCGCUCUGGCAACAUCACAGCCCGAGAUCCCGCCAUCAUGGGCCUGCGGAACAUUCUCAAGGUCUGCUGUACCCAUGACAUCACCACCAUCACCAUUCCCCUUCUGCUGGUACAUGAUAUGUCAGAGGAGAUGACCAUUCCCUGGUGUCUGAAGCGAGCAGAACUGGUGUUCAAGUGUGUCAAAGGUUUUAUGAUGGAGAUGGCCUCCUGGGAUGGUGGCAUCUCCAGGACAGUCCAGUUUCUUGUUCCACAGAGUAUCUCAGAAGAGAUGUUCUAUCAGCUAAGUAACAUGCUACCUCAGAUCUUCCGUGUCUCCUCCACCUUAACGCUCACUUCCAAGCGCUGAGUGAGACCGAUCUGCUGGCCUGGACAACGCUCAUGUUCUACAAGGCCAUGUCAGUUUGCACUUUUAAAUACCAACAUCAUCUUCAUUUUGAGUCAGUGUGAAAUAUAACACACUUACACAAAACUGCGUACAUCCUAGAUUUCAGACUGUGGCUAGGAAGCCAUCCUUGGCCAUCGAGGGCCCCUUUUUCCAAAUAUUUGCCUUGUUUGCUUCUCCUGACGGUGCGCCCCUGAACUGCAUACACUUUCACUACUGAGCACUCUUGUCAUCCGAAACCACGGAAUAGGUGCUGGCCAGAAGCAGUGUAUUUUAUGGUCCUCUUUAAAAUGUAAAUGUCAUAAAUAGACAAAUGCAAGGAACUGACUGUAUGAAUAGAAUCCUGUACGUCUAGACAAGAACACAGUUUG